AUGAAUUCAUAUUUUCUUUCCUCCCCCAAUGAUCCAGAUCCAAAGGUCCCAACCAUCGUCAUCGAGACCGGCCACGACAGAAAAUUUUCCGAAGACGACGACGCCGGGAUCUGCAGGAUCUGCCUGGACACGAUGAGGGAAGGGAUCAAGAUGAAAAUGGCGUGCAGUUGCAAAGGCGAUCUCAGGUUGGUGCACGAAGAUUGCGCAGUGAGCUGGUUCAGCACAAAAGGGAACAAAAUCUGCGAGAUAUGCGAUCAGGAGGUUACCAAUUUACCGGUGAUCGUUUUCCGGGAAGACAGCUUGGCGAAGACCGAAGAAGAAACCGAGGACCUAGAUAGCCAGACCUGGGCGACUACGAACGAAAGAAGUUCAGUGCAGGAGUUUCUGUGUCUGGUGCUGAUGAGCACGAUAGGGUACUUCUUCGUCCUGGAGCUUCUUCUGAUUCAGGAGAAGACGUCUCGUGGGCUCUCUAUUGCAGCGCCAUUUGCAUUUGGCUUGGGGAUUCUGGCAUCAAUCUUUGCUGUAAUUCUAGAGAUAAAAGAACAAGUAUGGAAAUAUGCAGUACUCGAGUUCGCACUCGUGUCGGUGGCAAUCCACCUCUCUUACAUGAUGUUGAAGGUGGAAUCGGUGUACUCCAUAAUGUUGGGUUCGGUAAUCGGUAUGGUGUUUGCCAUGGGCAUCAACACAUUGUUCAGGCAUUGCACUUCUCCAACUCACGACGACAUCUAG